AUGACACGCACAACAGAGGAGGCAGAAAUUAGGCUACAACAAACAAUGAGGAUAGUAAACACAUGGAUGAGACAACACGGCUUGGAGUUAGCUACGGCCAAAACAGAGAUAGUCAUGAUAACGAAACGCAGGAUGCGGACUAUAGUACCGAUGCAGGUCGGGUUGGAUAUCGUGAAGACAAAGUCGGCAGCUAAAUAUUUGGGAGUUAUACUGGAUACAAGACUUAACUUUUGGCAACAAAUUCAAAGUGUUUCAGAGAAAGCGGCGAAUACUAUCAACCGGCUCAGCAUGUUGAUGGCAAAUGUUGGCGGACCAGGUCCACAUAAAAGGAGACUUAUCAUGACAGCUGCGCAAUCUGUGUUGUUAUAUGGAGCGGAAAUAUGGGCCGAUACCCUUCGCGUGGAAAAAUAUUGA